UAUUCCAACUCAGUGCGCACUUGUGACCCGGUCAGUCCAAACUCCCCUUGGUCUACCUCAUCCGGAUCGACCGAACACAGUCGAAUAGGCCAUAUGAACACUCCGCUUCCUCUCCAACAUCCACUGAGCAGCCUUUUCGACCAAACCGAUGCAAAAAGCACACCCAACGCACCGUCAUCUAAUUCCCGUGCUUAUUAUGUGAGAAAAGCACAUACAAAGGCUCAACACAAAUCAAUGGUGUCGCUAUACCCACACUUUUCGUUGGAGUCGUCUGGGGGAGAUUCGCACCUUACAGUCUCACACAGCCCCACCACACUACUGGAACACCCUGCAAGUUCUCGUGGACUCACUGCCUCACACUCGGUUAUUCUCAGCGACAGUGUGAAUGGAUUGUUGCAUGGACACUCUCCUCAGCGAACCCCAUCACCAACUGCGCAAUUGCAAAAACACGCAGACCGACCCCACCACACGGAUGCCCGUUCAGUGCACCCGUCGGUAGUGAAUCACAAAGACCAAUACAAGGUCCAUCUGGCUCAACCUUCCAGAAGUUUAUUGUUCGAUGAAUCGGUGCCCACAGACCUUUCUGCCAUUCGUCGUUCACUAACGCCCACAAUCCGAGUGACCGCGGUGUCCUCCACGUUGAAUGAUUCUUCCGACGCGAACUCAUUUUGCUCGGAUAAGAACUUUCCAUUGCACAACACCAUUCGAUCCUCUUCCCCCGUUCCACUCAGCCAUCAUCACUCGGGCUCUAACGAUUGCACUCUGUCUCAUUUGGCGCUUGCUGCGUUGGCUACCGUGCAGCUUCAUGUGGGUGAUGAGCUGGCGAGACUGAGCUCGAACGAACAAACGUCAUUACCUUUACUUUCACCGUCACUGCAGCGCACGUCACCUUUCCCGUCACGAGCACCGAGGAGAAAUGCACCGUUUACAUCUCCUCUGUCGCCCACAAGAGCACUUUGUCUGGACUUACACUUUUCCAGUGGGUUACACGCAAUACGGGAGGGACAUCUUCUUUGUGCCCGUUCAACAGUCUCGGAAUUCAAUCGCGCCAUUGACAAUAUGUUGCAUUCUUCUAUCGGAAUAAAGAAUUGCUCAUAUCCUUCGUUCGGAAGUUGUGACGCGUUGUUAUCAGCUGACAAGGAGCAUCGUAACGCUUCGAACUUACGCGUUUUACCUGCGAGCGCGCGGAACACAGAGUCACGAAACUUUCUACCAGGGCCACCUAAACGAACGACAUCUAUGUCCGCUUUGUUAUCCCAAUGGUCUCUUGCCUCACGUGUGUUAACUUUGCCCAUGCCAUCUUCUUCAUCUACCUCUUCGGCCUCCCCCAGACCAUCCUGUGUGACGCGGAGCUCCGCGGUUAGCAUAAUGGCGUCAACUGACAGCCCAACUACCCCGUGCAACUCUGACCGUCUUUGGCCACUCUGGAGGCUCCGUACUCCAAGGUUCAAACUGUACUGGGCUGUCCUAAUCGUGAGCGACGCCACUGUUUCUAUGCCCGAGUCACUGAAGACAAAAACAUUUCUAGUUCUCUUCAAGCCUAACCGACGUCAACUACCUCCAUCAAUACACAUAUGUAACGAUGUCUUUGGUUCAGAAAGCACAGUCGGACAAUCAGCGAAGCGCUGCACUGUCCUGAGGUCGUGUCCAUCAAAACAAUGUCUCUGUACUCCACAUUCGUUCUCUCCGCAUCGGUGCAAAGUCCUGCAGGUGAACGCAGUUGUCUCCAACACCAAUCCAACCGACGGGUUAUCAUCGUCUGUAAUAAUCCUCGAUGCAAGCAUACCGAACCAGAAAGUGUAUCGACUUGCUCAUUGCUCUUCACAGCACGAGUCGACACCGGCCUGCAAAUUCUCUACAUGUCUGAAACGAAGAUCUCUUGGUGCAGUUCGAACUGCACACUGUAAUGCGACCCCGGGAAAAUCACAAAGAAUCGAGAUCGCGCAAGCAUUGCGUCGAUUGUGGCCGUCUGGUUGGACACUUCACAAGUUAUUAAAAUGUGGCCCGCGCACCCCGAUCAGAACGGAGUUUCAAUCCAAUCAACAUGGCGAGAACUCCGAUCGAUGGCGUUUCCAUUGCUCUGCAAACCACCUCGCUUGGUUAUCACUACUGUCUUUGUUCCCCAACCCCACGGUUCAGGAGUCCCCAUACACCAAGCAAAACAGUGCGUUGCUUUCGGUGGACAAUACAGAAAACUUUAUUGCUAACGCAGACGGACUGACUUCCUGAUUGUAUAUUGCUGUUUUGUCCUGAAAAAGAUACCAUUCGUUGACACCUGGCAUUUCCGUGUGCAGCGCACCUCAGUGAAUUAACAUCUGGCCCGUCCCACCCAACCUCUAUCCACUGAUGUCUCUUUCACAAUUUGCUACUUUUUUCUGACUUUUGCAUCGUUUUUCAUCUGACGCUGUUUACACACUGAAACAAGCGAUCGAAAACAGAUUGAUAUUGUUUAACAUUAUUCUGUGAUGAAAAAUUUUAAAGACCAUG